AGUUUGGAUUUAAAAAUGGCGAUAAACGAUGAGCUUUUGGAGCAAGAAUACCAUGAGAAUUGCCCUGGUUGUAAAGUGGAUCGUAAUAAACGGAUCCAAACUGGGUUACCCAUCAAAGAGCUCUUUUUUCUGUGGGUGGUGGUGCUUUGUGUUGUACUUCCAAUAUCAUCUCUCUAUCCGUUUCUCUAUUUCAUGGUAAGGGAUUUUAACAUUGCGGAGAAAGAAGAGGACAUUAGUUACUAUGCAGGCUAUGUUGGGUCCGCAUAUAUGAUUGGACGGACAUUUUCAUCUGUUCUUUGGGGAGUGGUAGCAGAUCGAUAUGGUCGGAAACUAGUUAUUAUUCUAGGAACUUCAACAGUGGUUAUUUUCAACACAAUUUUUGGUUUCAGUGUCAACUAUUGGAUGGCUAUCAUUUCAAGGUUUCUUCUUGGUUUUUUUAACGGGGUACUAGGAACUACAAAGGCGUAUGCAUGUGAACUUUUCCCUAAAGAAUAUCAAGCUUUAGGAUUGUCAAUUACUAGUACAUCAUGGGGGAUAGGAUUGGCCAUUGGUCCGGCAUUGGGAGGCUUCCUUGCACAGCCUGCAGAGAAAUUUCCAAGCCUAGUAUCUUCUGAUUCUCUAUUUGGGAGGUUUCCAUACUUAUUGCCUUGCCUUUGCAUCUCUAUUUUCGCAUUUGUUGUGACUAUUGGUGCAAUUUGGCUUCCGGAAACAUUACACAUUCACAAAAAUAAUGAGUUGGCGUCUACUUCGGAUGCGCCGAAGAAGAAAGAUUCUACUUUAUUAAGCCUCCUCAAGAACUGGCCAUUAAUGUCUUCUAUCAUUGUCUAUUGUGUUUUCUCUCUUCAUGACAUGGCUUACACUGAGAUUUUUUCAUUAUGGGCCGAGAGCCCGAAGAGUUUGGGGGGACUUAACUAUACUACUGACGAUGUUGGCAUGGUCUUAUCUAUCACAGGAGCAUGCCUUCUCCUUUCCCAGACAACAUUUUUUCCAGUUGCAGAGAGGAUAUUUGGGCCUAUCAUGAUAGCUCGCAUCUUCGGAGUUUUGUCUAUACCUCUACUCACAACUUAUCCAUACAUAGCAUUGUUAACUGGCUUUAUGCUCACCUUUACAUUAAAUUUAGCAUCGAUCGUGAAGAAUGUUUUAUCAAUCUCUAUCAUAACUGCAACAGUCAUGCUGCAAAAUAAAUUUGUGGAUCAACACCAAAGAGGUGCAGCCAAUGGUCUUGCCAUGACUUUGCAGUCGAUUGCUAGCGCAAUUGGUCCAUCAUGCGGUGGAACACUAUUGUCAUGGUCCUUAAAGAGACAAAAUGCAGCAUUUCUUCCUGGAGCCCAAAUGAUAUUUUUUAUCUUGAAUGUAAUUGUGGGGCUUGGAGUUCUAUCGACGUUCAAGCCUUUUUUGAUCACAAACCCUUAAUAGUUGGGAGUACUUGAAUUCGGACCUGAUUCUUCAGGAAUCCAAAGAUUAUAUUCUAGUUGCCAAACUGAUAUAGGUAACAUUUUUUUUGUUGGACAUUCAACAACAGCAACCAUGCAUGUCAUCUAGCUUUGUUAUAUUGAAUGUGCAUGUUUUGAAAUCCAUUCAUCUUUGAAGGAAGUAUUAUGAAUUCUGAAUUUGCAGACCCUAUAGCUAUUGUUUUUUGAGGGUUGUUUUCUUCUAUUUUAAUUGUGACUUCUUCUGAUCGUUGUCUGAUUCGAUUACUGCGUGGUUGUAUUCUGUGACACUUUA